AUGGCUACUCGAGCAUCGGCACGCCAGGCCGCCAAGAAGGCCAAAAAAGCCAUCACGGGACUCAUGGAGGGCAGUGGGAGUGAGAAGGAUUCUGCUGGCUCUAAGCGUAAAGCCCAGCCAGAAAAAUCUCCGCAGCCCAGCAAGCAGAGAGAGAUUCAGGAGGAGUCGAAGACAGAGGACAGUGCAGAUCCAUCAAUGGGUGGGAUGUCUGCAACAAAGCCCGUUGAACAGAGGAUGUCAGGUGGUGUUCCUGGAACCCCCGAUCCAGUUGAUCCAUCCUUUCCUCCAGCCCAUCAGAUCGGAUCCGUUUCCAAGCCAGCCGCAAAUGAUCUCCCAGACUUUCAACCAAUUGGUGCACAGCCCAGAAUGGGAAGUGUUCCAGGAAGCAGCAUUCCCAUCGAACAGCCUGCCGAGUCUGGCCUGUACGAGGAGUCUGGUGUCCGCAUAUCUAAAGACAGGGAGAGUGCUGUUCCAUCCACCAUUAUGGAAAAGGGCAUCAUCUACUUUUUCUUCCGUCCGCGUGUCAAUAUAGAUGAUCCGCACAGCAUGGGUGACGUAGCACGAAGCUUCUUCGUACUUCGUCCUAUUCCACUCGGUGCUGAAUUGGACAAUAAUCAGGGUCCAAUGGACAAGGAUGCCCAAUGCCGCUUGCUGAUGCUCCCGAAGAAGAAGUUCCCUACUUCAGGUAAGGAACGAGACAUGGCAUUUGUGGAGAAAGUAGAACAAUCAGUGAAGGAUCUUCAAGAAAACUUUGUCGCGAGCAGUACAUAUCAGACUGCUACCCGGGGCGAACGUACCACUGAAGAGGCCAGACCAUAUGCAGAAGGCGUCUAUGCGAUCACAUUAGCGAAAAAGUCAUCUCAUCUUGCAUACGAAGUAACAAUCCCUGCCAAUAUAGGUGAAAUCCAAGAGAACUUUGGUCUCUACCAGCGAGGCAGCUGGAUCGUUCAGUCGAAAAAUCCCAAGUUCCCUGGUCCACCUUCGGGCCAACUACCAAAGGCUGCUGCGUACCCCAAAUCCGUGCUUGAGAAAUUCGGUGAUCUCCGAUGGGUUCCCUUGCAGCCGGAAUUCAUCAAUUAUCCGAAUGCGCAAAUUUUGAUGAUUGGAGGCGCGAUGAACAGUUGGGGCAAAGCCGCGACGGCCGAAGGGAACAAGCCGCUCGGUGAGCCAGAGCCUGGACAGGAGCUUGAGAGACUUGCUGAAGAGAACGAACAUCGAAUCGAGCACCUGCAGGGCAAUGAAACCGUGUUCCAGGAUCUCGGGAUGCACGCAAAAAAAUAUCGUACACUUCCUACCACAUGGAGCAGUGUCUAA